AUGUCGAAACAAGACAGGCCUUCAAGAAAGCGACACGACUCGGUGGCCGACCCGCGAAAGAUCAAGAAAGACGAGGAGGACAGCGGCCUCGGCCCGAGCACGUCCAGAGCAGGCGCAUCGGGUACGGCUACAGAAGUGCCCAAAGUUCCUGCAGCUGCGCCCAGUCGCCCGACGACAAGGCAAAGUCACGCCAAGUCGACGCCGGAGCCCACUGCCCCCGAAACAACCGUCAAAUCUGCGCUGAAGACAGCGGUGUGGUCAUCUUUGACAAGCCCCUCUCCCACGCCACCUUCUCUGGGGGCGAUUCCUAAGAAGGUUGCUGCUAGAACAGCGGAGGGGGCCAAAGAUCAGAGCGAAGCGACCCCGACGACAGAGGUCCAGGGGCCGUCCGACCCCACGCUUCGAGUGUUCCACGAGCCACCUGAAGUGCUGGAGGAGGAGGGAAUACCUAAGAAGGCUGCGUCAGCCGCGGCGGAAGACGUUCCCUCUCAGACCAGUGAGACUCCGGACAGCCCGAUUCCUUCGACGUCGUUCACCGUGCAGGCUACAAUCCAAGAACCACCGUCUUCAGACCCGUCGCCGCCAUAA